CGCCGAGAAUUCACCAUUGGAAACAGUUCUGCAUGAUUCUGCAGUUGAAAAAAAACUUUCAAACAUGGCGGAUGUUUUGUUUGUGUGAGAGGAUGUUCACACUGUUGGGUAAAAUGUUUAGGAUCAAUUGUUUUGUUAUUCCCUGUUUAAUACGUAACAUCUAACUAGAAGUUGAGAGUAAAAUGAUGGUGACUGUUGAUUGAUAUAAUAGAAAGUAAAAAAAUAUAGCGAAAAAAAUGAAUGCAACGAGCCUUUAUGUGUCUACGUGUCGCCUAGUAUUGCAAGCCGACUCAGAGGAUCCAAAUUCUUGGACCGAUUUAUACAGACUUGUACCUUAUUUGCGACAGAGUUUGAGUUGUACAGUGUGCUCAAAUCUUCUUAUUGAGCCCCUGACACCGACUGAAACAAAUUGUCAACAUCACGUGUGUCGUUGUUGCCGUGGUGGACGUAAAAAAUUAAAACCAUCCUGUGGGUGGUGUAAAGAUUAUGACAAAUAUGUGGAGAAUGUCCAGUUGAGGAUACUGUUGCAGUGUUAUAAAAAACUAUGCGAGUACCUAACGAGUACGAGUAUUUACAGAAAUCUCAUUGUUUCUGUGUCUUCCAAUGUGACGAGCAAUGGAGCAUCUAGUGUGGGUGCUGGUAGUCUCAUGGAACUCAUCCAGGAAGGCACCGGGUUUAAAGAUGAGUUUAAAAGCAAUGCUGGACUAUCAAAGUCGGCUUAUAGCAUACUUCCUUGUGUUUAUACAAGCACUACGUCGACACAGACACAGGGCAAUACUAUUCAAGGCUCUACCGAAACACUUCCACAAAACGUACCUGAAUCACCUGCAAUUAGAACUGUCUCCAAUGGCUCCUCAAUAUAUUCUGUGAUGUAUGCUGGCUCUGGUAAUAAGAUAACGAUAAAAAGGAAAGCCGCAGCUGUCGAAGACACUGACAUUGUACAGCAGGAUGAUGUACCAACGCGGGCUAAUGUAGGAGGGGUAAAAUGCAUUCCAUCUUCACAUCUUUCAUACGGAACUACUUCUCCGAAAAAGUCUUCAAAGGGCAGCAAAUCAUCUGCUAGUUUCAAGAAGCCACGAUCGAGUUCAACAAGGAGUAAAAGGAAAGGAUGUCGAUGCGGCAAUGCAACAGCUAUACCCGGGAAAUUAACGUGUUGUGGUCAAAGGUGCCCCUGUUACGUUGAAAGUAAACCUUGCAUAGAAUGCAGAUGCAGAGGAUGUAGAAAUCCUCAUACGGCUGAUGGACUUAAGAUCCGGCCCCAUAUACCAGAACUUCACAAUCUCCAAUUACAACUCUCGACACCUCUAGACUGUGACACAUUGGCAGCAGAUCCUCUCAGUUCAGUGCAACAUCUAUCUACGUCACCAACAACAAUCCAAGUUCUAAACGUUUAUUCAACACCUCGACUAGAUAUUGAUAAUGUUCCACAGAAUCUUCCAGCUGCAUUACUAGUCGGUGAAGAUGCAAUGGUGAGUACCGAAAGUGAAGCUGAAGACAGUGAUAUACAAAUUGAUGUCUGACAACGUAAUUGAUAAUGCGUUUGAGCAUAUUUGAAUAUUAUCAGUUUCCUUUCCAGUACUGUAAAGUUGUAUCAAGUCAGUGUUACGAGUAGCAAUACAAGAGUUAUUUAUCUCGAAAUAACUUUUGAGAGUGCAAAAUUUGUAUAAAGUGUAAAAGUGUGUAAUCAUAGGGCGUGUGUGGUUAGAUAGUUUUUUAAGUAGAAAUUAUUGUAAGAAUUUUCAAAUUUUUUGUACAAUUCCAUCUACUGCUGAAAGCACUACUUUAAUAUCAUUCUUUUAAUCACUGCGAUUUAUUAUGAAAAUAAGUCCAGAGAAAUCCUGACUACCGAAUUGAGAUAAAUAUACCAGAUAGGAAACAUUAACGAAUGAUGAAACAAUUAAUUUACUAUACAAGCUUGGUUCGAAUAUUGAUGAAACAAUAACAAAGAUGAUCAAAUCAUUGCGAGUGAAUCAUUUUCAAAAUUACUCCAGCUUCGUCCAGACCCUUGACUUACAUCUUUAACUGUUCAUAGAUCAUUAAAUUGUUGACAAAAUUGAAUGAUUUUCAUUGAAAGUACAAUUAAUCUUCUAAUAUCGUCAUCUCAAAGCUCGUACUGACUACAAAUACAUGGCAUUAAUAAAAUAACACACCCAUAACGAUUUGAUCAGCAUUGUACAUAUUUCUCAAAUAAUUUUCAUACGCUAUCCAUCAACGUGGAAAUGAUUGCAAUAAUUAAUUCAUCUUUACUUUUUUCUACCUUAUCACAUGAAUGAUGAGAUCAUUUUUUCGAGUAUCAUCGAUUUUUCACAGUUACUAUUAUUCAAUAAACUAUAACUCCAUUACGUAAAUUACAACAGGUUU